AUGUCCGGCGCGCCAUUCGAAGGGCCAGAAAAACUCUUAGAAAUCUGGUUCGCCCCUUCACCAGGUGCCGUUCCAGAUGCCUCAAGUCCGGUGAAUGGGCGGACUGGACUCAGAAAAAUACCUUCGUCAGUUUGGGACGAGAUGCUCAGCACCGUUCGGUGUCAAAUCCUCAGUACCGUUACAGGCGAUGAGAUCGAUGCCUAUUUACUUAGCGAGUCUUCAUUAUUCGUUUCCCCUCAUCGGUUGAUCCUCAAGACCUGUGGUACCACUCUCAACCUCCUCGGUCUACCUCGUAUACUUGAAAUUGCCGCCACACAGGCUAAUAUGAAAACCGUUUAUCGGUGUUUCUAUUCUCGAAAGUCUUUCAUGUUUCCCGAGCUCCAGCUCGGCCCUCAUCGCGAUUGGGCUCAGGAAGUUCAGUUCCUCGAUACAAUCUUCAAAAAUGGCUCAGCGUACACAAUAGGCAAAGUUAAUGGCGACCAUUGGCUACUUUACAUCACCGGGAUAUUCGAUGAGCCCUCCUACUCCGUCGUACCCCGCUCACCUUCUCCGUCUGCAGGCGACUUCCCCGAUUUCACGAUCGAAAUUCUAAUGACGGACCUGCCGCCUCAAAUACGUCAACCUUUCUCUUCCUUUUCUUCCUCCUCCACAGAAACACCGUCUGAACAUGCCUUUGCCCUAGCCAACACUCUAGGAAUCACUGAUAUUUUCCCUUCACAUCUCACAACAUUAAACGCACAUUCCUUUACACCGUGUGGUUAUUCCUCCAACGCUCUAGUCCGUUGGGGCGAUGACCCCUCCUUCAAACCCACUCCGUCUGCAGAUGAUCUUAAAUCUAGUGGUACUCCACGCCGAGGUGAAGGAUACUACACCAUUCAUGUAACCCCUGAAUCAGGCUGGUCAUACGCUAGUUUCGAGUGUAACGUUCCCCUUCCGACCUCCUAUGCACCACCGACAUCUGAUGGGAAAUCAAUGCCUGAUUUGAAAACUUUGGUGAAACGAGUGGGCAAGAUCUUCCGCCCUGGUCGUUUGUCGGUUACGUUGUUCAUUUCCAGCGAAGAUGGAGAUGUUGAAACGAACGGAGAGUACCCAGUAGAGACCGCGCAAAAAGCUUUCCAAGCUGCGCUCGUCCUACCUUUCGUUGAUGAAGUUGGGGAUACCGCGGAGUCAGCGAAAAGCGGCACGCGCCAGUCGUAUCGGAGGACAGACAAAAUAAACUAUGAGUUUGAUGGUUACCACCUUGCGUUCUCUAGCUUCGAGCUGUAUAUCGUGCAAUGA